AUGAACAACUUUUCUCGAGUGUUUACUAAAAACAUUAAUCAAGCGGUUCAGUUUGCAUCUGAGAAAUUUGGAACCGCGGAGGAUAUAACUGACCUACCUAAAGAGUAUAAAUUACUUGAGCUGCGCGUAGAUGCUCUUCGAACCAUUCAUGAAGAUUUGCUAAGGGUUACUCGGAUUCAUACAAAUCCAUCAUAUGAUUAUCCUGUACAACUUCAAGAAACUGUAAAAGAGCUUUCGCGUAGUGUUGGUGAUCAAUUGAAAAUUCUAACUUCGUCUCCCGCUGAUAGGAUAGCUGAAACACGAGCAGCAGAAACUUUACCACCACAACCAAAAACAUAUCAUCACGCUCUAGCACGGACCUCGGCACAAGGCGCGAAUCUCUUGGGUAAUGGAGAUCCUCUUGGGGCGGCAUUGAUUAAAUAUGCGGCCGUACAAGAACGUAUCGGAGAACAUAGAAUUAAGAUGGAUUCCGAGAUCACUCAGAAAUUUGUUCAUCCUUUCAAUACAACACUUAAUAAUAAUAUUCAAAUUGCUAUGAGGGCAAGAAGAAAUGUUAAUUCAACACGUUUGGCACUUGAUGCUGCAAAGAGAAGACAAAAGACUGCUCAAGGAGAAAGGUCAGAAGCGUUAAGAUUAGAAGUUGAGCAGACAGAAGAUCAAUUUGUAGCUGCUGUCGAGGAAGCGACUACAAAAAUGAAAUCUGUACUUGAAACGCCUGAAGCCCUUCGAAAUCUUUCAGACUUGGUGUCAGCUCAAUUGGCGUUUUAUGAAGAAGCUUAUAAAACACUUGCUGAUCUUGCACCAGAAAUUGAUGAAAUGCAAGUGACACAAGAAGCUUUGUAUAGAAACAGUCGAAAUGAUUGA